ACAAGCUGGAGGCUGAGCUGAUGCAGGGUGGAAACUGUCACUAAUACUCCCUCAUUCCUGUCUUAUAUGCAGCAAAACAGCCUUGUUCUCAUCUUAUCUAAUCUUGUUAUAAUUGCUCCCUCUUGUUACAUAAGAAUAUGGCACACAUGUGAACAUAUCAAAUACAGAAUAUGACUUUUAUCUGGUUUACGCAUUGUGAUUCUACUUAGAUUUCAUUUGAAAUUGAAAAUGCCGGGACAUCUCCAUGGCAAUUUUCAUUGAAAAUGCUGGGACAUCUCCAUGGCAAAGUGACCACGGCUGCCACCCGCAGGCCCUUCCCAAGCAGAGUGGGGUGAAGGGCUGGUUUGGGGUCUGCAGCCGCGUGGGCGUGGCCCCCGGCCCUGGGUGACCGUACCCAUGCCUGGCCCCGUCCCAAGCCCUUGGCCAGCAGCUGGGGAGGAGCCCGACACAUACGCUGGGUGCCGGGAUGAGCGGGUAAGGCUGGAGCGUUGUGGCCCGCGCUUCCCCAGGAGGGCGGUCUGGGGAGGAGGCAGCGGGGGCGAUGGAGGAAGCUCGGUGGCCUGCAGAGAAGCUGUGCGCAGUGCGGGACAGACGGCCAUGUGGAGGCAGAAACGCCGCUGGAGCCGCAGCCGCAGGUCAGAGAAAGGUACGCGAGGAUGGUGAGGUCCCCGGCUGGGGCGAGGGCCCAGUAGACGGGAGCUGGUCUCUGUCUGGAUGGGAAACGCUCGGCUCCCGCCCUGCGGGUCUCACAGAGGCCCAGAAGCUGCGCUGCUGCCCUGUCUCCAACCCUCUCGACUUCUAGAAUUCCCUUCUGGGCCCUGCUAGUCUUCCAGGGCUGUUUAUGGGGCCCUGACAAUGCCUGCUGGCCUCGUUUCUAUCACAUGUGGCUGCCCUAUCAGCUCUCCGACCUCAGCACCCGAAAAGAGCCCAUCUGGCCCGACUGGUGAGGUCCAAGGCCCCGUCUCCAAACAGGCCCUGGGAGGACCCUGGAUGAGCCACGGUUCAGGUGUCAAAAUGCCAACCUUGUCUCAUAUCACUCACUCCUUCUCUCCCCACCCUUUGGCAGCAACCCUGGUCUUAGGCCUGCCUCCCCCAGCUCCGAGCACACCUACUGCAAGGCCUUUACUCAGUCCUGUAUUCCUAUGUUUGCUUCUGCAAAGUUCCUUCCUGCAAAGCUUUGCACCAGGUCUCAGCCCGGGUGUCACCUCCCCAGACAUCCCCCCCGGACCACCUCAUCCACUGCAGCCACCCCGACCCUACCAACACCCGCCACUCCGUCACCUGGGCUCUCUUUUCUGCAUAGCGCUUCACGUUUUCUAUGGUGGUCUUGCUUACUUCUUGUUCACUGGAGUAUUUGUUUUUCCACACCUGAAUGUCAGCUCCACGAGGACAGGGACCUUGUCCGUCUUGUUCACUGAGUGUCUGCAGCCCCUAGCACUGUGCCUGGCACACAGUAGGCCCUCAACAAACGCUUGGGGAAUCGAGGCGCUCAGAGGUUGGGAGCUGUGCAGCUGUCAGGGACAGGGCGCAGUCUUGUCUCCUUCUGUGCACGCUGUCCUGGUUCUCCUCACGUCACUGGGACCUGGAUCCUUCCGCCUUCCACCUGGCUUUCCCUCGAAGCAGCCCUUAACGCUCUCAGCCCAGAAGCCCCGCUACCCGCAUCGACCAAGGCCUCUGCCCACCAGCCACCCUCCCCUCUCUCCCCAGCCCCUCGCUCUUUCCUCUGUCAAGCCUCUGCGCUCCUGUGCUGAAAAAUAAAGUCACCCACUUCUCACCCUUGCAAAGCACCCCAGGUGGAGGCCUGCGACAGAGGCCGGGAGGCGGCGCUCGGGAGAAGCGUCCAGUCUGGCGAGCUGGCGCGGAGGCGUCUGCAGCUGGGCGCAGAGGCGCCAGGAGGGGGGCCACGGGGAGCCUGGGCCGUGCAGGUGCCAGGCGGCCGCCCUGCGGGGAAACCCCAGGGCAGAGGAGCAUCUUGGGAGAGCCACAGGUGAGGGCGAUCACACCGCCGAGGAAAUGAGACAUGAGAUCUGGGGGACAAGCGCCGGCCUGGGCCCAGGCUCGUGUCUGGCGGCAGUGGCUCGCGCUCCGGCCCCGUCCUCACCUGCCCCGUUCCAGAUCCAGCCCCUCCUUGGUGAGCGGUGGGGCUUGAGGAUGAGGAGGGUGAAAGUGCUGUGGGAGGUGGAGCCCGAGCUCAUCUAACAAAUAUGGACCAAGCGCCUACUGUGCGCCAGGCACUGCUCCAGGUCCUGUAGUGCUAGGGACACAGCAGUGACCAUAGCAAAGAUACUGUCCUCUCGGGGCUGGCGUCAGACAGGGCUUAGAUGACAGUUGAUGCUGCGGUCAGGGAGGGGGACAGUGAGUGGGGUGAUGGCAGGAAGGGGGUUAUGCUUUUACAUGGGGUGGUCAGGAGAAGGUGACAUUUGAGCAGAGCCCUGAAGCAAACGUGGAGCCAUGUGCAUGUCUGGGGCGUGCAGGCUGAGGGGCAGCCCGUGCAAUGGCCCUGAGGCAAGAGGGAGGUUGGCCAGUUGAGGAGCAGCAAAGAGGCGGAGGAAG